AUGAUCCUUAGAUUUUAUGUCACGUUACUCAAUUUUCUCCUCGUAGACAGCAAAAGGGAAGCUGGAGGGACUAGAGAUACUCCUGGUGACAUUCAUCCUAUUAAUGGUGAGUUACAAACAGACAACUGCAAGGAGUUGAACAUAGAGGUUGCAGAGUUCUGCAACGAGUUGAAGAAAUUGGCAACGAGGGAAACGGAUAGUGCUGAAGAUGUGAAUGGGAAAAAUGCAGAGAAGCAUUUGGUUGACCAUUCACGAGAUUUGGACAAUAAAGAAAAGGAAAGGAAGCCACUGCUUCAGUCAAGUCAAGUGGACGCUUUGACAACCAGGCGUGGUCAAAAAAGGGGAGGGGUUGUUGAGGGGCUUGCAACUCAGCUAUUGAUAGACCUAGAUGGUACAGAUCAGCAGAAGGGUGUUUAUGUAAUUGGUGCCACGAAUAGUCUCAAGCUUUGCUAUUUUUAUUUAUGCCAAGUGAAUGAAGCUGCUAUGGCAGCUCUUGAGGACAAAUGGAAUUCGAGAAACGAAGUUUCAGAUGCGGGCCAUGGACAAUCAAAGAAACACACUUCAAGUAGGCACUGGAGAGAAUAUCUUCAUCUGUUUCAGAUGUAUCGUGCUUGA